AUGACAUAUCCUGCCGACAUUCUCGCUGCAGAGGCGGCGGGGAGAAUUCCAGAUGGGAUCUCCCUUUCAUACCUAGCACAAUCUCGUGAUGAAUCUGCCAUCGCGGGCAUUUUGUUCAUGGUCUGCUUCACUGGAGUCUUGAUGCUGAUGCGUCUCUAUGCUCGAGUAUUCCUCGUUAAGAAAGUUGGAUGGGACGAUUGGUUGGCGAUUUUGACAACGUUGAUCUACAUCAGUUUUGUGGUCCUUUCCAUCGUUCUUAUCCACUUGGGAAGUGGUCGUCACAUUGAAUAUGUCGAAUAUGUCUUAUCGCUAGCAACUGUCCGCGAGACUGAAGUCUUGGAUUUUGUUGCACACAUUCUUUAUACAACCGCCCUUUUCCUAUGUCGCCUGUCCGGUAUCGCAUUUUAUUAUCGACUCACCGCACGCACAAGCAAGUUGCACAGAUCCAUUCUUUUUGCUGCGCCGUUCCUCUUCAUCGCAUACCUUCCCCAGCUCUUCUUAUUAAUCUUCCACUGCAAACCCGUCACCGGUCUAUGGCCCUAUACCUGGCAGGAAGGUGUCGACGACUACACCUGUCUCUCCUGGGGACUCGUUUACUCCGUCAACUCAAGCAUAUCACUAGUCUGUGAUGUCUUGAUGUUCAUCAUCCCCGCAAUUCUCAUCAAGCAACUUCACGUUUCCUUGCGAAAGAAGAUCAAACUCUCCGUGGUCAUGUUCCCCGGUGUCUUCGUGAUCAUUAUUUCCUGUAUCCGCAUCUGGCUCGUCGUCAAGGGUCAAUGGGCCGCAGAUGGUAGCUGGGCCUACAACCCCAUGCUUUGUGUCGAGAAUGCCGAAAUCGCAGGCACAUUAAUGGCACUUUCCGUUCCCGCCCUGAAACCCGUGUUUGGAAACCUUUUCUCUCACCUGACCGAGUACACGAGCAGUCACACCCGGUCUCGAUCUGCGGGAGGGAGACUGCGAAGUCAGUCGAAGCCGACAAGUGCAUUGGGUUCGCUUGCUCGUGAUGACAAGCGACUGUUGAACUGGUCGAAAGCUGGUCCAGAUGAUUAUGAGAUGAUGCCAUCGGAGGUUUCUGUGAUUCGGGAUGCGGAGUCCAUGAAGACUCCUGGCAUUCGCGUGACGAAUGAGGUUAAUAUUACUCGUGCGGAAGGUAGAUCGAUUUCGCCGACACACUCUUCGAGACCUUCUUCUCAUGAGACAUAG